AUGGCUUCUUCUUCCUCUCGCGCUUCUGCUACUUUACAUCUUAAAAAAUAUGAUGUUUUCAUCAGCUUUAGAGGCGACACUCGUAUUGGUUUCACAAGCCAUCUUCACGCUUCUUUGUGCCGAAGCUAUUUCCAGACCUACAUAGACUACAGAAUCCAAAAAGGAAACCACGUUUGGGAAGAACUUGUGAAAGCAAUCAAACAAUCAACUCUCUUUCUUGUUGUCUUCUCAGACGACUAUGCAUCUUCAACAUGGUGUUUGAAUGAACUUAUUGAGAUUAUGGAGUGCCACAAAAAUGAACCGGAAAAAGUUGUUGUUAUUCCUGUUUUCUACCAAAUUGAACCUUCGCAUGUUCGGAAGCAGACUGGGAGUUACGCCACUGCAUUUGCGAAACACCAGAAGCAACACAUAGACAAGAUUCAAAAGUGGAAGGAUGUUCUUUCUCAAGCUGCAAAUUUAUCUGGUUUUCAUUCUACUGCAUUCGGGACUGAAUCUCAGAUGAUUGAAGAAAUUACAAGAUUUGUUUUAGGAAAAUUAGAUCACAAGUUCAAACAUGCGCUUCCAAGUAAUUUCAUACUCGAUGAAAACUAUUGGAGCAUUGAAUCUUUACUAAAAAUUGAUUCAGCAGAAGUUCAAGUCAUUGGACUUUGGGGCAUGGGGGGCAUAGGCAAGACAACCCUUGCUGAAGCCAUUUUUCAGAAGUUCUCUUUUCAAUAUGAAGGCAGGUGUUUCUUCAAAAAUGUGGCAGAAGAAUCAAAAAGGCAUGGAAUCAAUUACACAUGCAACAAACUUCUUUCUGAGUUACUAAGGGAAGAUCUUGAUAUUCACUCUCCCAAAGUAACGCAAUCCGCAGUCAUGAGAAGACUCAAACGCAUGAAAGCUUUCAUUGUAUUAGAUGAUGUUCGUUAUUUAGAACUCCUGCAAAACUUGAUUGGGAUGAGAUACUGUUGGCUAGGAGCUGGUAGCACAGUCAUUGUGACAACUAGGGAUAAGCACGUGCUGGAAAGUGGAGGAAUUGACAAAAUUCAUCAAGUUAAGCAGAUGAACUCCCAAAACUCCCUCCAGCUUUUCAGCUUGAAUGCUUUUGACAAAGUUUUUCCUGAGGAGGGAUACGUGGAUCUCUCAGAAAGAGCAAUUGAUUAUGCCAAAGGCAACCCUUUAGCUUUGAAAUUUUUGGGAUCAUUUCUUCGUUGUAAAAGUGAAAUAGAAUGGAACUGUGCACUAGCUAAGCUCAAACAAUUUCCCAACAAAGAAAUUGAUUUGAUUUUGAGAUGGAGUUAUGAUGAACUGGAUGAUACAGAGAAAUACAUAUUUCUAGACAUUGCAUUUGGUUUCAAAGGACAUAAAAGGGAUAUGAUAACAAAAAUAUUAAAUAAGUGUGGUUUCUAUGCAGAAAUAGGGAUAAGAAAUCUUUUAGACAAGGCUCUUAUAAGUGUUGACUCAAACGAAUGCAUACAAAUGCAUGACUUGAUACAAGAAAUGGGCAAACAAGUUGUUCGUGAAGAAUUUCCUAAGAAUCCCGGACAACGCAGUAGAUUGUGUGAUCCUAAAGAAGUUUGUGAUGUAUUGAAAAAUGAUAGAGGAACUGAGAUAGUUGAAGCUAUAUUUUUAGAUGCUAUGGAAUGUACACACAUAAAUUUAAGACCCGAUGCAUUUGCAAAGAUGCCAAACCUAAGACUACUUGAUAUUCGAAACCGCAGGGGGAUUAAGUCUAUAAGACUUCCUAGCGGCCUUGACUUAUUGCCAGAAAAUUUGAGACAUUUUCUGUGGGAUGACUAUCCAUUGAAAUCUCUGCCUCCAAGCUUUUGUCCUGAAAUGCUUGUGAGUUUUUCCUUGAGACACAGCCAUUUAGAAAAACUUUGGAAUGGAGUACUGAAUUUGCCAAAUUUGGAGAUACUUGUUCUUAGUCACUCUGAAAAGCUGAUUGAGUGUCCAAACGUAUCUGGUUCUCCAAAUCUAAAACAAGUAAUACUUACUGGUUGUACAAGCUUGCCUGAAGUGGAUUCAUCAAUUUUCCUUCUCCAAAAGCUUGAAAGUUUAUUGAUGUUUAACUGCACGUCGCUUAAGACUCUUUCAAGUAACACUUGUUCACCAGCUCUCCUUGACUUUGAUGCCAUGUAUUGCAACAAUCUGCAAGAGUUCUCAGUCGCAUUUGCUUCCGUAGAUGGUUUGAAUUUGUCUUUACCAAAAUUUGGCGCAAAUGAACUUCCAUCCUCACUAUUGCAUUUAAAAAAUAUUGGAUGGUUUACCAGUCCUAUCAGUGAUAGUCUUGUGGAUCUUCCUGAAAACUUUGCCAAUAAUAUUUGGCUUAUAAGAGGGAGUGAUGAUGAACAUGACGUUUCCAUCACUUUACGUAAAGUACUUUCUAGCCCUGCCUUUCUGAGUGUAAAAAUCUUAAUCAUUGAACAUGUUUCUAUCUUGUCUAAAAUACCAGACAAUAUCUCCUUACUAUCAUCAUUAGAGCAUCUUUCGCUAACUGGUAUUGAAAUUAGAAGCUUGCCUGAAAGCAUUAAGUAUCUUCCCCGACUCGAAUACCUUGAAAUUAUCGACUGCGAUAUGCUUGAAUCUAUACCUUCACUUUCACAGUUCAUUCCAUAUUUCUUUGUCUGGGAAUGUGGAUCUCUUAAGAAAGUAUUGAGCUCAACGAAUGAACCAUCUGACAAACCCAACCGUGGUUUUAUGUUCCUUAACUGCACAGAGUUGGAUUCACAUUCAUAUCAAACUGUUCUGAACGAUGCUAUUGUUGGGAUUGAUCUUAGAGCAAGACUAAAUUCAGAAAAUGGAGAUCCAUCUUUAGAUCAUGAUAAUGAUAUUAUUGAGUACUUCUUACCUGCUAUGUCUGGCAUGGAAAAUUGGUCCCGUUACCCUUCUUCACAAGCUUCUGUCACUUUUGAGCUUCCUCCCGAUUUGUUGGGUUUUGCGUACUACUUGGUUCUUUCUCAAGGCACUGUGGGAGAUGGUGUAGAUUUUGGAUGUGAGUGCUGCUUGGACAACAGUUCAGGUGAAAGGAUCUAUAUAACAAGUUUCAAAAGAGACAAUUUCUCUAGUACGGUCUUUUCUUAUGUCCAUCCUUCAGAGUACAUGAUGAUGGAUCAUUUGGUAUUAUGGUAUGAUCCAGCAAGUUGCAAGCAGAUAAUGGAAGCAGUUGAAGAAGUAAAAGCUAUUAGUGAUGUGAACAACACCAGUUACAAUGCAAAGCUUACAUUUACAUUCUUCAUUGAUGAAAGCCAAUAUAAUGAAGUAGCUAUAGUCGAGUGUGGUUUUCACUGGAUAUAUCCCUUUGAAGGCACUGCAGUUCCAAAUAGAAAUGAUGAUUCUGAAUCUGAUGAUCAAGAAGAUACGGUUCCUCCAACAAGCAAGUUAGAGCAACGUGUCGUUGGAAUUCAUUCCAGCUUAGAAGUAGAUGAAAGUGAAAACUUGAGCUAUUCGCUUGAACGACUCUUGGAUUCGAUGGAAAGCAGCUGGAGUGGAGAGAAGAAAAUUUCAAGUGAUUUAAAGAGGCACAACAAAUAG